CAGAUACAAUAGUGUAAAGAUAAGCGAAACCUGUGUGGACGUAACUAAGAGCAUGUACAACUGUAAAAAAUGUGCAAUCCUUAGUCAAAAUCCUUAAUCCUUUUUGAUUAAAAAAAUAUUAAAAGAGGAAGGCAAAGUUAAGGAUGAUCCUUAAUUAAGGAUUAAAACACCGUAGUCCUUAAUGACGUGGCAGAGCUUGUGAUGAAAUCGAUUGUGAUCUACCAUCUAUCUAUCUAGAUAACGAAGAAUCUGAAGAAACUAGAAACCGUCAGAUCGGAGAAUCUGGAGUGUGGUGGUGACUUACCGGAGAUACCAGCGGUGCAGUAGACGAGAGCGAAGAUCAUACCACCGAAAGCCCAACCGAUGCCUUGGAUUCCGACGGAUGCACACAUGCUCGGUGACCUCUUCACACCCAUGACGGUCAACACAGUUAUGUAAAGGAAGAGAAACGUGGCGAUGAACUCGGCGAUUCCGGCUCUCCAGAAGGACCACGAAGCAAGCUCGCCGGGCUCGAACAACGGCGCAUGAGGCGGCUCCUUGUAGUCUUUGUCGCUCUGAGACCAGAGCUUGUGAUGAAAUCGAUUGUUCCCGUGGUUAUGGCUGGUGUGUUGGGUAUUUAUGGUUUGAUCAUUGCUGUCAUCAUCAGUACUGAAAUCAAUCCAAAGGCCAAGUCUUACUAUCUAUUCGAUGGCUAUGCUCAUCUCUCUUCGGGUCUCGCUUGUGGUCUCGCCGGUCUCUCCGCUGGUAUGGCUAUUGGAAUCGUCCGCGACUCAGGUGUCAGAGCGAAUGCACAGCAACCAAAGCUGUUUGUGGGAAUGAUUUUGAUUCUCAUCUUUGCUGAAGCUACUUGUAAUCCUUUGCUACAAUGGUUUUUAAUUGUAUUGCAUUGUCAGUUGCUUUCAUUUUCGUUGAGAUGCAUAUAUGUGGAAUAGAGUAACUUACUCUUUCUC